CUUAAAGCUUACUAUACCUAUUGUGGCUCAGGACUAAAAGUAUCUUAAAUGUAGCUUCUCAGCCAAUCAGGUGGCUCCUAAAGCUCGUAUCAGACUACGGAUUAAGAUUGAGAUUGAAUUGAAAAUUGGCUAAUCAGAGCAAAGUUCAUCAAACUUAAGUUGAAUGAAUUUUGCUUUGAUUGACUAAAUUUCAAUUCAAUCUCAAUCCUAAUUUAUAGCCUGAUACGGGCUUAAGCAUCUUUUAGAGGCACUUUUAUAGAUAAAAGAGAAUUCAGAAUAUGGACCAAAAAAAAAAGCUUAUAAAUAUUUCUUCGACCAAUAAAUGUAGGCUGAAUAACCCAGAGUGGAUUAACCCAGAGCCAGUCGAACAUGCUAUCAGGCUACUCUCUGGCUAAACUUUCUGCACUAAUAAAAGGAAUUUACACUCUUUAAAGCGUCCUCUUCAUCCUCAAAACGAAAUUAGGUUAGGUUAGGUUGUCAAGCGGGAAAAUCUGCCAUUUUUUAUGAAGUAUCGUUGUGAUUAUUAAGUUUUUGAUCAAUUUGCAAGAUGCCAGACAUCACAAUUAAUGAUAUUCUUAUCAACUUUCCCUUUAAACCGUACCCUGUACAAGAAGAAUAUAUGCGUAAAGUGAUAGAAUGUCUACAAAAUGGUCAACAUGGUGUUCUGGAAUCUCCUACAGGAACUGGAAAGACUCUUAGUCUACUGUGCUCUUCUUUAAGUUGGCUCUUAGCAAAGAAAGCUCAAUUACAAGCUCAAGUAAUAGCAAUUGAGAAGAAAGAUCUUGGAGGAAAUUUUUUUAAACAUUUAACUAGUGGACUUGAAAAAGCAGCAGGAAUACCUGAUAAUCCUCAAAAUUUUGGCUGGGCUAUGCCUAAAAUUGUUUAUGCAUCUCGAACACAUUCUCAACUUUCUCAAGCUAUGCAUGAGUUGAAGAGGACUUCGUACAAACAUGUAUCUGUUGCUGUGUUGGGAUCUCGAGAUCAACUAUGUAUACAUCCACAGGUUUCUAAAGAAACAACAACUUUUAAUAAGAUACAUAUGUGCCAUUCCAAAGUAAAAUCCAGAACUUGUUUUUAUUUCAAUAAUGUAGAGACCAGAAAGGAUGAUCCUACUUUUAGACAAGAAGUACUAGACAUAGAAGACCUAGUUAAAGUUGGACAGAAACACAAGUGUUGUCCUUAUUUUUUAGCAAAGGAAUUAAAGCAAAAUGCAGAUAUUGUUUUUAUGCCUUAUAAUUAUCUAUUGGAUCCUAAAACACGGAAGUCACAAGGUAUAGAUUUACAAAAUACUGUAGUUCUGCUGGAUGAAGCUCAUAAUGUUGAAAAAGUUUGUGAAGAAGCAGCGUCAUUACAGAUAAGUAGUACGGAUGUUGCAAUGUGUAUCGAAGAAGUAACUGGAGUAAUGCAAGAUAUAGCUAAGGAAACAGAACUACAGAAUGACUUUCUAACAGAGAACAAUAUUCCAAAAGAUUUCACAGCAGAAGAUUUAUGUGUCUUAAAGGCCAUGUUUUUGGAUCUGGAAAAAGCGAUUGAUUCUAUUGAACUGAAAAAUCGUAGUGAAGGAGACACCUUGCCUGGUGGAUAUAUUUUUGAAUUACUUGAAAAAGCUGAGUUGACACAUGGCAAAGAGCAAAUUGUGGUGGACAAAUUGGAGAAGAUUAUUUUAUAUCUGACGACUACCAGUACUUCGCCGUUUACAAGAAAAGGAAACGCAUUGCAAAAAUUUAGUGAUUUAUUGAAGACUGCUUUUAAUAGCGGUGUUUCUAUCGCACGUCACAGGGAAAAAGUGAAGCGCUGUUACAAAGUUCACAUACAGACAGAAGAGCAGAAGAAGAGCUAUAAGAAUGACGUUUGGGAGAGCAAAAAGACAAUGACAAAAACAGAUGGAAAACUUAUUAGUUACUGGUGUUUCAGUCCUGGCUUUGGCAUGCAACAAAUGGUAGAACAAGGAGUACGUUCAGUGGUACUUACGAGCGGUACAUUGUCUCCGUUGAAACCAUUUAUAUCCGAACUUGGUAUACCAAUCGAUGUUCAAUUAGAAAACCCACACAUUGUAACGAAGGAACAAGUAUGUGUGGGUGUUCUCAGUCAAGGACCAGAUAAUCAUCCGCUUAAUUCAUCUUACAAUACGAGGAAUGAUCCGAAAUACAUUGCAUCCCUUGGAAGAACAGUAUAUAACUUCAGUUGCAUUGUGCCUCACGGUUUAUUAAUAUUUUUUCCUUCGUAUCCGAUUAUGAAGAAGUGUAGAGAUGAGUGGCAAAAUAUAGGUCUGUGGACACAAAUUACCGAACGUAAGCCUAUUUAUGUAGAACCCAACUCUAAGGAUGGAUUCAUCAAUGUAAUGAAUGAAUAUUACCAAAAGAUUAAAGACCCGUCGUGCAAAGGGGCUGUUUUUAUGGCGGUAUGUAGAGGAAAAGUCAGCGAAGGUCUGGACUUUGCUAACGCAAAUGGUAGAGCUGUAUUAAUCAUCGGUCUUCCAUUUCCGCCCCUAAAAGAUCCACGAGUUAUGCUGAAGCAAAGAUAUUUGGAGGAAAUAAGAAGUACAGAAAAACAGGGUUUAACCGGGCAAGAAUGGUAUCAACUCGAAGCAUCACGGGCUGUUAAUCAAGCUAUUGGUAGAAUAAUAAGACAUAAAAGCGAUUAUGGUGCUGUGAUACUCUGUGAUUGUAGGUUUGAGAAUCCAAACUUUAAGAAACAAUUGUCUGCUUGGCUCAGACCAUACAUCAAGAAAUUUACGAAUUUCGGAAUGAUCACGAAAGAAUUGCGAGAAUUUUUUAGAUAUGCGGAGAAUACUCUGCCACAACCUAGUAUCACGCAUUCACAGUACGGGAAUGACGUUAUCGCACUACCUGCUGUACGUGCUACCUUUGAAACAACGAUGCCUCAUUUACUUAAGCAAAAAGCACAAAACAGUACCUUAACAACAGAAUCAACGAACAAUAGUUUUAAUUUAGAUAUGUAUUUAGAUAAAGGUGCAAAAGACAAACAGUCACUGAAGCCACAAUCCUCAAUUAAUUUUAGUGCUUGCAAAUUAAAAGAUUAUCAGAGUACUUGCGAACUAGCGAAACAUGUUGAUGAACCAACUAUAAAACGAAGAAAAAUUAAUAUUUUGCCGUCUAAAGUUGAUACAUAUUUUUCUGGCCCUCCAACCGUUCCGUCGGCAGUUCCAGAAAGCGUUUCUGUAAAUUUCACACAAACUGAUAAAGAAGCGAACAAGGAUGACAAAAAGGCACUAGGAAAACAAUAUUUAAAAGAUGUAAAACAAGCAUUAACAGCGAGUGAUUAUAAGUUAUUCGCGGCAAUGAUACAGAGGUAUACACAAAGUGGCGAUUUUGACGAAUUAUUGAAAACAUUAUCGAAUUUAUUUCCAUCGAACAAACAGUUGCAACAUUUGUUCAUAGGAUUUAAAAGUUUUCUAAAAAAACAACAUAUAGCAACUUUUGAGAAUUAUACAAAAAAUUUAAAAUGUCCUUAAUAAUACCAACUUAGAGUAUUUAAGAUAUAUAAUGCAGAUGUCGUGGAUAUAUAUGUAUAUAUUAUUUAUUUAAUCGUAUAAACUAUUUUUGGUAUAGACUAAUAAACAAUUUUUUUUAUAUUUA